UGUCAAUCAUAACUAAGCCCCGCCCCUUUCCAAGGUGUAUAAGGGCCUUGACUCUCUUCUCCCUCCAACCCAAACCAGGCAGAACAAAGAUCACUGAUUGUCAUUGGCUUGUUCUUCUCCUCUGUCUCAGCCAAUCACCACGGCAACAAAGAUGACAUCAGUCUUUCCAUUGGCUGUGUGUCUCUGUCUGUCCAGCGGACUGCUGGCUGCAGAUGGUGCCCCCCCCUGCCCUCCUACUUGGACUCAGUUUGGCUCUCGCUGUUUCGGUUACUACAUCCAGCCAAAGACAUGGUCCGAUGCAAAGACCACCUGCAUCGCUGCUGGAGGGAAUCUGGCUUCCGUCCACUCAGCUGCAGAACAUGCAUUCCUCAGAGGCUUCAUUAACAAAGCGGCCAAUACCCGGGAACCCUUCUGGAUCGGAGGCUUCUACUCAGAAGAGGAGGGUACGUGGAUGUGGUCUGAUGGAUCUGCAUUUGAAUACCAAAAAUGGAAUGCGGGGAAGCCUAGUGGACAGGAGAACUGUCUUCUGAUGAACAGGAAAACAACUGGACCGACUGGGCUUGUGACAACAAGGCUUCUUUUGUAUGCUCCAAGUACCUGUUUCUCUUAUUCUAACACACCAUGAUGAUGCUUCUACAGCUCAUAUAUAAUCUCUAUCAUUGAUUCA